AUGGAUGUCCGAGAUUUAAUCAGCAAUCAAAACGACGUCUCCUUAACUCUGGCCAAGCGAGUUAUCUUGACGGAAGCCAAGGAGACUAAUUCCGUGUUCUCGCCGCUGUCGCUCCACGUUGUAUUGGGCCUGAUCGCCGCCGGCUCCGAUGGCCCAACUAAAGACCAACUCCUUUCUUUCCUCAAGUCCAAGUCAACCGACGAACUCAACUCUUUAUCUUCUCAGCUCGUCACCACUGUAUUCGCCGACGGCAGCCCUUCCGGUGGACCCCGUUUGUCCUUUGCCAAUGGUGUUUGGAUUGAUCAAUCCAUGUCUUUGAAGCCUUCCUUCAAGAAGGUCGCGGAUGACGUUUAUAAGGCUGCUUCCAAACAAGUUGAUUUUCAACAUAAGGUGGCCAAUGAAGUGAAUGCAUGGUCUGAGAAAGCAACAAAUGGUCUUAUCAAAGAUAUACUUCCUCCUGGUUCUGUUGACAGUUCAGUGAGGCUGAUAUUUGCCAAUGCUCUAUAUUUCAAAGGAGCAUGGGAUGAGAAGUUUGAUGCUUCAAAGACAAAAGAGCUUGAUUUCCACCUCUUAAAUGGAAGCACAGUCAAAGCCCCAUUCAUGACCAGCAAGAAGAAACAGUAUGUAAGCACCUAUGAUGAUUUCAAAGUGUUGUGUCUUCCUUACAAACAAGGUGAGGACAAGCGUCGCUUCUCCAUGUAUUUCUUCCUCCCAGAUGCCAAGGAUGGUCUGCGAGCUUUGGUAGACAAACUUGAUUCUCAACCCGGAUUCAUAGACCGUCAUCUUCCCCGUAGGAAAGUAGAAGUUGGGAAGUUCCUCCUUCCAAAAUUUAAGAUGUCAUUUGGUUUUGAAGCUUCAAAAACUCUGAAAGAUUUGGGGCUGAUCUUACCUUUCUCUGAUGGAGGACUCUCUGAAAUCGUGGACUCCUCUGUUGGUCGCAACCUCUUUGUUUCCAACAUUUUCCACAAAUCCUUCAUCGAGGUUAAUGAGGAAGGUACAGAAGCUGCGGCAUCAACUGCUGCUGUGGUGAUGUUGAGAGCGCUUCUAGUCGAUGAUAAACCCGACUUUGUUGCUGAUCAUCCCUUCCUUUUUGUCAUCAGAGAAGAUAUGACUGGGGUGGUGCAGUUUAUUGGCAGUGUACUUAACCCCACUGCUUCUGCUCAUGCACUUUUUCAUUCUUCCCAUCCCUUUACAGGUGUAUGGGAUCAGAAGUUUGAUGAAUCAAAGACUAAAGAGCAUGAUUUCCACCUCUUGAAUGGAAGGACAGUUAAAGCCCCAUUCAUGACCAGCAAGGAAGAACAGUAUGUAAGCACAUAUAAUGAUUUCAAAGUGUUGCGCCUUCCUUACAAACAAGGCGAGGACAAGCGACGCCGCUUCUCCAUCUAUUUCUUCCUUCCAAAUGCCAUGGAUGGUCUGCAAGAUCUGGUAGACAAACUUGAUUCUCUGCCUAGAUUUCUAGACCGUCAUCGUCCACUGAGGAAAGUAGAAGUUGGGGACUUCCUCAUUCCAAACUUUAAGAUAUCAUUUGGUUUCGAAGCUUCGGAAACUCUGAAAGAUUUGGGGCUGAUAUUACCUUUUAUUGAUGGAGGACUUACUGAAAUGGUUAAAUCCCUUGCCGACGGUGGCAAGCUUUACGUUUCCAACGUUUUCCACAAAUCCUUUGUCGAGGUAAAUGAAGAAGGUACUGAAGCAGCUGCUUAA